CCUCCGCGAACAUGAAGACAACGCGCAAGUGUCGCGCUCUUCUGUCCGUGGGCCUGAACCUGGCGGCGCUGCUCUUCUCCACCACGGCCUUCAUCACGACGUACUGGUGCGAGGGCACGCAGCGGGUGCCCAAGCCCAACUGCAGCGCGCAGCGGCGCCACAACUGCAUCGACUACGGCGUCAACGAGACGGACCAGAGCAAGGUGCACUACAGCUGGGAGACCGGAGACGACCGCUUCCUCUUCAGGAGGUUCCACACCGGAAUCUGGUACUCGUGUGAGGAGAACAUCCACGAGGCAGGUGAGAAGUGUCGCAGCUUCAUUGACCUGGCCCCCGCCUCGGAGAGAGGCGUGCUGUGGCUGUCGGUGGUGUCGGAGGUCUUGUACAUCCUUCUGCUGGUGGUGGGCUUCAGUCUGAUGUGUUUGGAGCUUUUCCACUCCAGCAACGUCAUCGACGGGCUCAAGUUGAACGCCUUUGCCGCCGUCUUCACCGUGCUUUCCGGUCUUCUAGGAAUGGUGGCCCACAUGAUGUACACGCAAGUAUUUCAGAUCACCGUCAGUCUGGGUCCUGAAGACUGGAGGCCUCACAGCUGGGACUACGGCUGGUCCUUCUGCAUGGCGUGGGGUUCCUUCACGUGCUGCAUGGCCGCCUCGGUCACCACACUCAACUCCUAUACCAAGACAGUCAUCGAGUUCCGCCACAAGCGCAAACUCUUCGAGCAGGGCCUCCGCGAGGAUCAGGACUUCCUGGACCAGGAGGCCUUCCACUACUUCCGAGAGCGCUCCUUGCAAUCCAUCUCGGGCACGCUAGAUGUCUAUCCGGGCCCCGGGAGCGUACCUGGGCCUCCUCCCGAUCCAGGGGCGGACCGGACCAAGACGAGAACUGCCUCUGUUGACUUAGGCGAGAACACGGACUCGCUGGGGGAGGAGCAGUGCUGAAGGGGGUCACGAACGAGGUCCUCCUUCAGGCCUAGAACCUGGUUCUGACAUAGCAAUGUGAAUGUGCAGCCGCCUUUAUUUUAUUGUUAAAAGACUUGACAAGACAAAUGGAAAUAUGAAUGACACUAGACUUGAAUUGUACACUCUGUCUGUAUGUGUAAUAACAAGGUAUGACAUAACAAUAUAUUAUGCAAUAAUCAAUACACUGUGUGAUAUCAUUAAGAUUCUUGGAAUUUUUUUGUUUCCUUUUUUUCUCGCACAUUUUAAGAUACUAGGUGUCGUAUUUUAAAUCAACUUCAGUGUAGUUAUAUGGAAUUCAUAAAA